CAACUAGAAAAAUUUCAUCACAUUUUGAUUCUGAAAUUGAAUUUGAAAAUGACAGAGAUUAUUUUCCUCUUGAGAAAAAAAAAUUUGCUGGGACUAAGUGCCAUAACUCAAAUUCCUCCCCCUUUAUUUUCUAUGCCGUUGUCUGUUUCACCGUCAAGUUCACCAACAUUGAUAUCAACUUCAACAAUAAUGCAAAUAUAAUCUGAAACACCACUUUCAUCUCUUGACAUAGCAACACUUUCAUCUCUUGACAUUGAUGACGCUAACCCAUUGCCCUCUCUUGACAGACAUGGCAACAGAUUAUUUGUCAAGGACGGUAUCAACGACACCACCAGUUCCAAAUAUUGAUGUUGUAACAGUACAAAACAUUGGGAAUGCGUUAUCGUGCAGUAAUAUAUCUAAUCAAAUAAUGCAUGGGUUAGUAGUACAGUUGCUGAAAGUGUGUAUGGAUAUUCAGCAAACUCAGGCUAUCCACACCAGUAUGCUAAACGAUAUGCUUACUCGAAGCAAUUUAGUUGUGCAGGCUUCACGGUUACCAGAUGGGGUGAUAUUUCCAAUGGACACCAUGAAAGCUUUUGAUGCAAUUGAAAUUAAACUAAAAGAUACCAACAUUGCAAAUAUAAUUGAAAGGUAAUACUUAAGACCUAGAUCAUUUUAGUUGAAUAUACAGUUCAAUCAAAAAUCGGAAAGUAAUAUAGAUAAAUAGAAGCAAAUAUUUAUCUAUAUUGCUUAUCUAUAUUGGUUUCUCAAAUGUCUGUUGACUAUUUUUUCUCAUUGUACAGACGAUAAAGAUUUGGAUAAUAAUUAUGCUCGUUUGUUUUUUAAAAGAA